GCGAGGCUCGGGACCCAGUUGGCUGCUCCGCCGCGCUCCCCGCCCCUCCCUCCCUCCAGUCCGCUCGGUCUCCCCUCCCUCCAGCGUCCGCGUCGCAGCCGGAGCCGGAGCCGGAGCCGGAGUGGCGGAGGCGCAGGCAGUGCUCGCUGGGCGCCGGCAGCAGCCACAGCAGCGUGGCGCGUAGCGGCGGCGGCGGUGGUGGCGGCGGCGGGCGGGCUGGCGCCGUGGGCUGGGCCGGGAACCGCGCGGACGAGGGCGCUGCGGCAGCGGCGGCGGCUUAACGCGGGGGCGCACGGCGGCCCCCCGGGCCCGGACUAACGGCGGUGGCGGCAGGUGGGCCGGCGGGGCGGACGUCUGGCGAGCUGCAGAGACCAGAUUAAAGGAUUUACCUGAAGACAAAGCAUUCUAUUCAUCAGAGACUGGACAAGAGUUACUCUUGCAUUUGGCAAUUAAAGAUGAUGUUUCCAUGGAAACAGUUGAUCCUGCUUUCAUUCAUUGGCUGCUUAGGAGGUGAGCUUCUCUUACAAGGCCCUGUGUUUAUCAAAGAACCUAGCAACAGCAUUUUCCCUGUUGGGUCAGAAGAUAAAAAAAUAACUUUAAAUUGUGAAGCAAGAGGCAAUCCGUCACCUCAUUACAGAUGGCAGCUGAAUGGAAGUGAUAUUGAUAUGAGUAUGGAACAUCGUUAUAAGUUGAAUGGAGGAAAUCUUGUGGUUAUUAACCCCAACAGAAAUUGGGAUACAGGAACUUACCAAUGUUUUGCAACAAAUUCACUUGGAACAAUCGUCAGCAGAGAAGCCAAACUUCAGUUUGCCUAUCUUGAAAAUUUUAAAACCAAAAUGAGGAGUGCAGUGUCUGUGCGUGAAGGCCAGGGAGUUGUGUUGCUCUGCGGCCCCCCACCACACUCUGGAGAACUGUCAUAUGCUUGGAUCUUCAAUGAAUACCCAUCGUUUGUUGAAGAAGAUAGUCGGAGAUUUGUCUCUCAGGAGACAGGGCACCUCUACAUAUCUAAGGUGGAGCCAUCUGAUGUGGGAAAUUACACAUGUGUGGUGACAAGUAUGGUGACAAAUGCCCGAGUGCUGGGCUCUCCAACUCCUUUGGUGCUACGUUCUGAUGGUGUGAUGGGUGAAUAUGAACCUAAAAUAGAAGUUCAGUUUCCAGAAACUCUUCCAGCAGCUAAAGGUUCGACUGUGAAAUUGGAAUGUUUUGCCCUUGGAAAUCCCAUACCUCAGAUUAAUUGGAGAAGAAGUGAUGGGCUGCCAUUUUCCAGCAAAAUUAAAUUAAGGAAGUUCAGUGGUGUGCUUGAAAUCCCCAACUUCCAACAGGAAGAUGCAGGUUCCUAUGAAUGCAUUGCUGAGAAUUCACGAGGAAAAAAUGUUGCCAGAGGGCGUCUCACUUACUAUGCAAAGCCCCAUUGGGUUCAACUCAUAAAGGAUGUGGAAAUAGCCGUGGAGGACAGUCUUUAUUGGGAAUGCAGGGCAAGUGGCAAGCCCAAGCCCUCCUACCGAUGGCUGAAAGAUGGAGCAGCCCUAGUGCUAGAGGAGAGAAUACAGAUAGAAAAUGGUGCCCUUACAAUAUCAAACCUAAGUGUGACUGAUUCUGGAAUGUUCCAAUGCAUAGCAGAAAACAAACAUGGCCUUGUCUAUUCCAGUGCUGAGCUCAAAGUUGUUGCUUCUGCUCCAGAUUUUUCAAAGAAUCCAAUGAAGAAGUUGGUUCAGGUGCAGGUGGGCAGCCUGGUCAGCUUGGAUUGUAAACCCAGAGCCUCCCCAAGGGCACGCUCUUCCUGGAAGAAGGGGGAUGUGAGCGUGCAGGAGCAUGAAAGAAUCUCUUUGUUAAAAGAUGGAGGACUCAAAAUAGCCAAUGUGACUAAAGCUGAUGCUGGAACUUAUACCUGCAUGGCAGAAAACCAGUUUGGGAAAGCAAGUGGCACAACACAUUUGGUUGUUACAGAACCAACGAGAAUAACUUUGGCACCAUCUAACAUGGAUGUUUCUGUUGGUGAAAGCGUCAUAUUGCCCUGCCAGGUACAACAUGACCCGCUGUUAGACAUCAUCUUUACCUGGUAUUUCAAUGGGGCCCUUGCAGAUUUUAAGAAAGAGGGAUCUCACUUUGAGAAAGUUGGUGGGAGUUCAUCUGGUGAUUUAAUGAUCAGAAACAUUCAGCUGAAACACAGUGGGAAAUAUGUUUGUAUGGUGCAAACGGGGGUGGACAGUGUUUCAUCUGCUGCUGACCUCAUAGUAAGAGGUUCACCUGGACCACCAGAAAAUGUGAAAGUAGAUGAAAUUACAGAUACAACAGCCCAACUCUCUUGGAAAGAAGGUAAAGACAACCAUAGCCCAGUUAUAUCCUACUCUAUCCAGGCUCGGACACCUUUCUCCGUGGGUUGGCAAACCGUCACAACAGUGCCUGAGGUCAUCGAUGGGAAAACACACACAGCCACUGUAGUUGAGUUAAACCCAUGGGUGGAAUAUGAAUUUCGGGUUGUAGCCAGUAACAAAAUUGGAGGUGGAGAACCCAGUUUGCCCUCAGAAAAAGUAAGAACUGAAGAGGCAGUUCCAGAAGUGCCUCCUUCUGAAGUCAACGGAGGAGGUGGAAGCCGGUCUGAACUUGUAAUAACCUGGGAUCCAGUCCCUGAAGAACUACAGAAUGGUGAAGGUUUUGGGUAUGUUGUUGCUUUCCGCCCUCUUGGGGUUACCACCUGGAUCCAGACAGUGGUGACAUCCCCCGACACCCCAAGAUAUGUCUUUAGGAAUGAAAGCAUCGUGCCAUAUUCACCAUAUGAAGUUAAAGUGGGUGUUUAUAAUAACAAAGGUGAAGGACCAUUUAGCCCAGUGACAACAGUGUUCUCUGCAGAAGAAGAGCCUACAGUGGCCCCAUCUCAAGUCUCUGCAAAUAGCCUAUCUUCCUCAGAAAUUGAGGUUUCAUGGAACACCAUUCCUUGGAAGUUGAGCAAUGGACAUUUACUGGGCUAUGAGGUGCGGUACUGGAAUGGUGGUGGAAAGGAGGAAUCAUCCAGUAAGGUGAAAGUGGCAGGAAAUGAGACAUCAGCCAGACUACAGGGCCUGAAGAGCAACCUGGCCUAUUACACGGCUGUCCGGGCUUACAACAGCGCCGGCUCCGGGCCGUUUAGCGCCACAGUUAAUGUAACCACCAAGAAAACGCCUCCCAGUCAGCCACCAGGAAAUGUUGUUUGGAAUGCCACAGACACUAAAGUGUUACUUAAUUGGGAGCAAGUUAAAGCCAUGGAGAAUGAGUCAGAAGUAACAGGAUAUAAAGUUUUCUAUAGGACUAGCAGUCAAAAUAACGUACAAGUGCUGAACACAAAUAAAACUUCAGCUGAACUUUUGCUGCCCAUUAAAGAGGACUACAUUAUUGAAGUCAAGGCCACAACAGAUGGAGGGGAUGGGACCAGUAGUGAACAGAUCAGGAUUCCACGAAUAACCAGUAUGGAUGCAAGAGGAUCCACUUCAGCCAUCUCGAAUGUCCACCCUAUGUCAAGUUAUAUGCCUAUGGUACUGUUCUUAAUUGUAUAUGCCCUGUGGUGAUAUUAAGUCCAUUUUAUUAUUUAUUGGAAAGUUAAUUUGGUAACCAAAAAAAGUGCUUUCAUGAAAUGCAGUGAUUAUGCAUGUUUUUUUCAACUCUUAUUUUUAACUUUCUACUUCAUUAUAGGUAAAUAUGAAUAUAAUUAAAAAAACAGUAAAUCCUUUUAGGGGAAUCUGAAAUGCCUUAAUAUUAACUUGAUAAACCAAAGGAAUUUACAUAUUACAUACUUCAGACUUUUGAUAUAAAUGUUCUUAAGCUAUGAGUUUAAGCACUGCCUGUGGAUAAAGACUCACACUCUCUCACAUGUACACACACACGCAUGAGAAUUUCUUUUUACACUGAAAAACUCUUCGAUUUAAUUCAAAUGCUGUUUUCCCAUUAUAAUAGCAUUAUUUGGAAGACUUAACCAGUAUCAAUUUGAAAUGCUGAUUCAAGUCCCCAAGGAUGAAAAAUACAUUUUAAAAAUUAUCUUGUUGGAGAGGAGUGGCAUGUGAUUCAAAAGAGCAUUGUUGGGAAACGCUGCUGUGGCGCUUAGAAGAAUGAUGUUUGGUGUGGUAUACUGCUAAAUAGUUGUCAGACUUUACAUAUCACUUUGCUGUCUGUACCUCUCAAUUAUUCCUCUAUCAAAUAUGGAGAUAAUAAUACCUAUCUAAUCAGACUUUGCCCCAUGAAUUAGUUUUUAAAAGAUAAAGACGGAAGUAUGAAAGUGCUUUUGACACCCCAAAUGAAAUUGAUCCGUGCAAAAUAUUAGUAUGAAUUUAUUUAAUCACAUAAAAGUCAUGAAGACCAGCCAGAUUUUCAAGCUUCAUUUUGUUUCAUGCAGUUAUAUUCUAAAAUUCAAAUGAUCACAUUUUAUUCGUUCUCAAAAAAAAAUUUUUUUUUAAUUAAAAAAGGAAUUGUUUCCUUCACAGCUAUGAACAAGCUUUCAGGUUUUAUUAAAACCUAGAGGAAAAAAUCAGGAAUGACCUGAAUCUCAACCCAAAUAUUAAACAAAAUCCACAUAAUCCCUCAUUUCAAUUUCCAAUUCCAUUAAGGGACCCUCUCUUUUUGGAUGGCAGAGAUGGUUUUUUAAUGAAAUCCCACCAUCUAUCUGAGUGAGUCUGGCAGGCUUUUUAGUUCCUGAGUUAAAUUUGUAAUAGCACCAAGGCAAUGCUGCUGACUUUGAUAUGUAUGACUCAGUCUUUCAAUAUGUGGUUUUCAAAAAGUUGUUGAAGACAUGACUUCAUAGCAAUAUAUCGAGAAUAAAUUAAAAUCGGCAGAUUGAGUAUUCAACAUUGCAAAAUCAAUUUUUUACCUCUUUCCUACCAAUUUCACAUUCUGCAGGAACUUGUUCAUAUUUUCCAACGAUAUCAGAAUUAGAAAACAGGUCAUAUAACAAGAAAGAUUAAAAAUUAGGGAAAUUCUGAUAUCACCAUAAAGCACUAUUUUACAUUUAGAGAUUACAUUUAAGAUAAAGUCAUCAUACACAAAAACAAUAAAUAUUUAUAACUUUCUCUAUAAGGUCCGUAUAUACUGUAUAUAUUGAAACAAUCUGAAUGACUAGUAGAUUUCAUAUGAGCAUUGUUAUUUCCACUUUCUGCAGUACUUGUAUUUUAUGCUACAUGUAAUGAAGUUGGACCUUUUUAUUGUUUAGUAAUUCCUAUAUGUUCCUAUACUUUUCAUUUUCAAGAUGAUUGCUCUAUUGUUUCAUGUUGAUUCUAGCAAUAUAUCUCCAUGAGAUAUGUACUUUGUUUCAUAUUGAAAAGUAUAAAAUUUAUCUUUCAAUUCCUGUGUGUGUAUCCCAUGGUUAUCUGUAUGUAUUAUUUUCUAUUCUAAUAAAAUUUAUAACAAGCAAA